CCCCCCUUGUUUAGUACUACUUGUCUUGGUUUUAACUUCAUAUAUAACUGAUGCAUCUUGCACUUUAGAGUAGGUUUGUUUAGCUACUUCCCAGAUUUCCCUAGCAGUACUUAGAAACAUAUAAUUCCUACUUACAUCAGGUUGCAUGGCAUUCCAUAGCCACGGCAUAAUAAGAGAAUCCUCUAUAUCCCAUACCUGGAAAUUGGGAUCAGUUGCUGCCGGAGGAAGAGAAGUAAGAUGGCUGAGUUUUCCUCUACCUUUAAGAAAAGUUUGAACCAGCUGCGCCCAUUGGAGGUAGUUUUUACCAUUCAAUCGAUAGGGUAGUAGCAUUCCAGGAAGCUCACUUACUCCUGCCCCAAAACCGGUACCAGCAUUCGAACUAACACCUGCUACAUAAUUUUCAGUGGCUGCUUCUCCACCGUUCUUGCUGGAAUUUGAGUUUUCUGCCAUUCCUUUGCUAGAGACAACUUGCAACGAUCCAGGCUGAAGAUAGGGGCGGCAAUUAAGGCCGAGUGCAUGAACAAAGAAGCAAAAAAUCAAGGCUGAAGAUAGGAUUGCUGGAGGCAGCAGUUGCUGCUUCAGAUCUGGUGGCAGUGGAAGAGAACGGCAUAGCAAUCAAGGCUGAAGAUGGAAACAGAGAGAGGAGAAAAAUGUGGCAGGAGACGUGAUAGCACUGGGCGGCGCACGGCAACCGAUCAGCAAUGAUGGGAAGAGGCGGCUAUGGCUGGGCUGCUGAAGGCCAAACAACGAUGAAGGCCAAACAAGGUAAAAAAUAAAACCCUAGACAACUGGUUUUGAUACCAUGUGAAAGAAUAAGAAUUAAUCUUUCAUAUCUCAAAAACUAAUGAAUACAAUCUUACUUAUAGCACACACUCCUAAUCCUUGAAUAAUUCUAAGACUAUUCAACCUCCUAACAAUUCUCCUAAUGUAUAGGAGUUGAUUACUCUCCUAUAAAUUAGGACUCCUACUAGAUUAUAACAACUCAAAAACAUUAAUGAAAUAAAUCAACUAAUAAAUCCAUCUGCCAACACAAACUUUAAUGUCUCUAUCAAAGUCUUCUUGGGUCUGCCUCUAUCUCUUUUUUUGACUAAUUGUUCAAUUUUAUCAACUCUCCUCACAGGAGCGUCUCUUGGUCUUCUUCUCACAUGAUCAAACCAUCUUAGUCUAGUCUCUCUCAUCUUCUCCUCGAUUGGCACUACUCAUACCUUAUUACAAAUAACCUCAUUUAUAAUUUUAUCUUUUCUUGUAUGGCCGCACAUCUAUCUUAGCAUCUUCAUCUCCGUUACGCUCGUCUUUUGCUCAUGCUGGUAUUUAACUGCCCAACAUUUUGAGCCAUACAACAAAACUGGUCUUAUAGCUGUCCUAUAGAAUUUUUCUUUCAGUUUUAAUGGGAUUUUACCAUCACAUAACACCCUUGAUGCAUUUCUCUAUUUUAGCCAACUUGCCUUAAUUCUAUGCAUGACAUUCUCGUGAAUUUCUCCAUCUUUUUGAAUCACUGAUCCAAAAUAUCGAAAAUGGUAUUUUCUUUGUAUGAUUUAGUCUUCCAAUUUUAUUAUAACAUCCUCCACUCUUGCAUUCUUACUAAAUUUAUAUUUCAUAUAUUCUGUUUUCCUUCUACUUAAUUUAAAUCCCUUAGAUUCUAAAUUGUUUUUCCACAACUCAAGCUUAGUGUUCACUCUUUCUUUUGUUUCAUCCACCAACACUAUGUCAUCUGCAAAUAGCAUACACCAUGACACUUCUGUUUGAAUGUGUUUAAUGAGUUCAUCCAUUACUAAAGCAAAUAAGUAUGGACUUAGUGCAUAACCUUAAUGUAGUCCCAUUGUAAUUUUAAACGUUUCAGUAUCCCCUCCGCAUAUUCUGACCUUUGUUUCUGCACCAUGAUACAUGUUCUUAAGGGUUUGUAUAUCCUUUCUUCUCUAAAACCCUCCAUAAUACUUUUCUAGGGACCCUAUCAUAGGCAUUUUUUAGAUCUAUAAACACCAUAUGUAGGUCCUUCUGAUGAUCCCAAUACCUUUCUAUUAGGUGCCUAAGUAGAUAUAUAGCUUCCAUUGUUGACCUACCAGGCAUGAAACCAAAUUGAUUUUCCGAGACGUCUGUUUAUUUUUUGAGCCUCUACUCUAUUACUCUCUCUCAGAGUUUCGUGGUAUGACUCAUGAACUUAAUUCCUUUAUAAUUUUCACAGUUUUAAACAUUUCCUUUGUUCUUGUAUAUAGGAACCAAACUACUCUUCCUCCACUCAUUUGACAUAUUUUUUGAUUUAAGGAUCGCGUUAAAUAAUUUCGUUAGCCAAGAGGUGCCCUCUUCUCCCAUGCAUUUCCAUGCUUCUAUUGGUAUAUUAUCCGAUCCCACCGCCUUAUGAUUUUUCAUCUUUUUUAAUGCUUGCCUUAUUUCUUUUAAACUUAUAUGUUGGUGAAAUGUAUAACUCACGUUCCCUUUGGAGUUAUUAAGAUGUCCCAACCUAACUCUUGUAUCCCCGCCAUCAUUGAAUAAUUUUGUGAAAUACUCAUUCCAUCUCUCCUUAAUCACUCUCUCAUUCACUAAUAUAUUUUGGUUUUCAUCUUUUAUGCUUUUCACUUGGUUUAGAUCUUUUGUUUUUCUUUCUCUUGCUUUAGCUAAUUAUAUAUAUCCCUUUCUUCAUCUUUUAUAUCAAGUCGUUUAUAUAGAUUCUCAUAUGCUUUUGACCUUGCUUCACUAACAGCUUUUUUUGCUGCCUUUUUCGCUUAUUUAUAAUUUUUUAGGUUUUCUUCAUUGCUACACUAAUAUACAGCCUUAUAGCAAGUUUUUUUAUUUCUAAUUUUCAAUUAUAUCUCUUCAUUCUACCACCAAGACUCCUUAAGGUUUGAGAUUCUACCAUUUGUCUCUCCAAAGACUACAUUUGCUGUGCUUCUCAGGGCAGUAGCUAUUUCCCUCCACAUUUGGUUUUCCUGUCCAUCUCCAUUCCAUUCCCUUAUACCCCUUAAUUUUUCCUUGAAGAUUAAUUGCUUCUCCCCUGUCCAUUUGGGUGCUCGAUGUGCCAUUUUUAUAUAUGAUUAAGUGUUCGUCUCGUUUUUUGAACCUAAUAUUAGUUAUGAUGAGCUCAUAUGUCAUAACAAAAUCUAAAAUAGACUUACCCUCAUUAUUAAUUUCCUUGAAUCCAUACCCUCUAUGUACAUCUUUAUAGCUGUUUCCAUCUCUACCCACGUGACCAUUUAAGUCACAUCCUAUAGUCACUUUAUCUUCUCUUGGUAUCAUUUGUAUGAGUCCCUCUAGGUCUUCCCAGAAUUUUGUUUUUAUCUCCUCACCUAACUCUGCUUGUGGUGCAUAUGUACUAAAGAUAUUCAUAAUCACCAACCUUUUCCAUAAUAAUCCUAUCCCCUAUUCUCUUUACAUCCACUACCUCAUCUACUAAGUUUUUAUCCAUAAUAAUCUCCACUCCAUUUUUCCUUCGAUUAUUUCCUAUAUACCAUAUUUUAUAUCCAGUUUCUGAUAAAGUUUUUGCUUUUUUCCCUACCAAUCUCGUCUCUUGAAGACACAUAAUAUUAAUCUUUCUCCUAAUCAUGACAUCUACCACUUCCAUAGCUUUGCCUGUUAAUGUUUCUAUGUUCCAUGACCCAAUCCUUAAUCUAUGAUUUUGAUUUUGGCUUUGACUUUGAAUUUGAUUUUGGUUUUGAUUUUGGACUAGCUUCUUUACUCGCAUCCAUUCAAGCAAAUGCGAGUAGCCUUGCUCAUUUUUGUAAAUUUUCAAACAAAAAUGUUGAAGUAUCUUAGAGAAAGGAAUUGAAGUAGAAAAGAUGUUAAGUACCUAGGACCUUGGAAUGGUGGUAUACUUAACCUACUGCUAUUUGUGGUUCUUGCUAUACAAUGAGGAAUCCUUUCAACAUUGUGAGAUUUAUAUUUAUGUCAUGCUUAUGUCAUUAUCUAAUUAGUAUUAGUAUAAAUAGGUGUGUAAUCUAUAUGUUUGAGGGAGGAAUUUAUUUCCUCCAACUAUGGUUUCUCUCUCAAGUUCUUUGAUUCAACAUGGAAUCAGAGCCACCAUACAAGCCCUAGUUGUCUCUUCCAUCUCCAGCAACAUCUCCCGACUGUUCCACCAGCUAUGCCAUCUCUCGCGUCACCAGCUGCAGCUGCAGCCAUUGCCACCACCAACCACGGUCAUCGCCUCCAGUUGCUGUCAUUUGUCGUCUCACGUCACCCUCUUUGGCCACCAGAUCUGCAGCUACCGCCAUUCAUCGUCACUUGCGUUUGCGACUUCUGCUGCUGCCACUUGCUUCCGCAUCUUCUGCUGUUGCCUUUUGUCACUACUGUCAUCGCCGACCUCCAAUGGGUUUUCAGCGGCAACCACUUCACUGCCAUCGCCUUCCGCCGUCGGCUGGCCUCUCGCGAUCAUUUGUCUUCUGCGACCUUAGAUACAACCACACCUUCUCAGAUCUCAGUUGUCGUCGUCACCAGAUCUUCUUCUUCUUCUUGGUUCAUCUUCUUCCUGGUCGAUGGCCUCAGAUCAGCCUUUCAUCUACAUCGACCACUGUGCUCUGGUCAUCUUCGUCGUUUGGUCACCUUUGCCUUCUCGAUCGACGGCCCUAACUCACCCAGAUUCAGCGGCUCCCAGCCUCGAAUUUGUCGUUACCUGCAAUUCGCGGCCUUGGAUCUGCCUUCAACUAUCGCAACCUUCAGAUCCGGCCACCAUCGCUUAGAUCCGGUCGUGCCUCGCCUAGAUCUACCCGUGCCUUGCUUAGAUCCGAUCGCCAUUGUUAGCCACCGUUACUUCUCCACAUCGCCGACGUUCGAUGCUAGCUCCAUCGUUGUCUUCUUUCGGCCCUCACUGUGGCUCUUGCUCACUGUCGCCACCUUCUCUUCUGUUGUCGAUGAUUGCGAGCUGCUGUUGAGUUUCCCAGGUAACUGCUGCCGCCGUCGAUCUGCCGUUUCAGAUCUCGCUGGAUUUUCCUCAUCAUUAUCUUGCCAGUCUCUUGUCGGAUCUGUCUCUCCGAUCCCUCGCCAGAUCUGUCAAUCCUUCAGAUCUGAUUGUCAAUCCUUCAAAUUCGGCCGUCAAUCACUCAAAUCCGGCCAUCGUUCUUCAGAUCUCGUGCAUGUUUCUCCUUCCAGUGCAUCUCUCAGAUCUCGUGGCCUCUUUUCCGAAUCUUGUGCAUCGCAUAGAUCUCGCGUUGUCGUUGCAUCGCCAAUCUGCCAUCAUUGUUGCUGUCGCUAAGAUCUACCUCUAGUCAUCACCUCUGCAACCUCCAAUCGUCAGCUACCUUUGUUACUCGUUUGCAGCCUACCCAAAGCGGUCGUCAUCUACAGCAAUAUCUCCACGUGCCCUCGGAUAAAUUACAUUUGUAACAAGCUUGAAACAUAUAAUAUAUGUUCCAGCUUGAGGGGGAGAAUGAAAUUUAUAUUUAUGUUAUGCUUAUGUUAUGACUUAUUUAGUAUUAGUAUAAAUAGAUGUAUAAUCUAUAUGUUUGAGGGAGGAAUUUAUUUCCUCCAACUAGGGUUUCUCUCUCUCAAGUUCUCUGAUUCAACAAAAACUUCUAGUGUUGAAUGUUUUUCUCCUGUUUACAGCUAGUCUCAAGCCUAAAUAAAGAAAGAGAUCUGCAUUAAGUAGUCAAAUAGUUGGCAUAAAACUCAUUAGAUUGAAUAUUAUGGAUUUUGAACUGUCACGAUCUUAGGGGUAUGAAGGAAAUAUUAAUAAAUUACACUUGUAAUAAUAAAUUAUAGUUGUGAUAAUUAUAUUUAUUAGUUAGUUACAUUUGUAACAGUUAGUUAUAUGGUAGUUAUAUAGUCAGUUAUCGUAACAGUUAGACAGUUAAGGAGAGACUAUAUGAGCAUGGAAUAACAUAAAUAAUCUUUUGCCUAUUCUAUUCUAUGUCUAGAAUUCCAUAAUUGUCCUAGCCCAACUCUAGGGACUUGACAUUGUUGUAUCAGAGUCAGGUUAACUAGUUGUGGGGUGAUCGGCAAGCAGUCUCUCAGUGAAGGGUAGGCUUUGAAGUGAUUGGUGAAGGCUGUGUUGGUGAUUAGAGAAGUACACUGACAACAGUGGUGAAUUGUGAUGGCAGAAGGUACCAGAUUGAAGCAAUUGGAAGGGCAGAUGGAGACUUUGUGAUGUGAACAGUAAAGAAGCGAAGGCAAGGGUUGUCCAAGAGCAUGUAAGUCUUAGAUCAAUUACUCGUUCAAGGGCUAAAGAAUUUCAAACGGGACUUGAUUUAUUCAUUGGGAAGACUCCAGCCCAUUUGGAAGAGUUAGAAUUCAAAGUGAAGGAGUUAAAACCCAAAUUAAUCACAUUGCUUGUUUGCUUGGAAGCUCAGAACCAGAAUGCAACCUAGGCACUCCAUGAUCAAGUCCAAGCAAUUAGCUCAUUUGCCAGGCCCAAGUCUUUCCAACAAGCCCAAGUCUCAUAAUUGAUGUUAUGAAUGAUGUCACCCUUUAUUUUUCCUUUAUGUUUGAGAGUGUUUUGUCUUGUUUGUAUCAUUGUGUUUUAUCAUCACGACUCCAUUUGUCAAAAGUGGCAUGAUGAUAUUUUUCUUUAUGUUUUUGGUUUGUCUUUUAUCAUCAUUAGCCCCAUUUUAUCAAAAGAGGCAAUUAUGAUUCGCUUUGUCAAAAGUGGCAUGAUGAUGUUUUACUUUAUGCUUUUGGUUUGUCUUUUAUCAUCAUUAGACCUCUUUUGUCAAAAGAGACAAUGAUGUUGUCUGUCUUUAAUUAUUAGGUUUGUCUUUAAGACUAGUAUUUAUAUGUGUGAUCUUGUAAUGUUUUGGCAUGAACAUUUUUAUGAAAUAAGUGCAGAGAACAUUUUUAUCCUAAUUCUUAUCUAAACAAUUCAUUUGUUUAGUGGCGAAUUUACUUGAUUCUUAUCACUGCGAAUCGAAACUAGUAUUUUCUUUUUUGUGGUGAAUUUUCUUAUCAAACAAGGGGUGCUAGUAUUUCUUUUUUAUUUUGGGCACAUCACUUUGGAGCAUGGGUUGUCACAAGCCUAGGAAGCGAUGACCCAAAGUAGGGAGGACAUGGUGGAAUUAAGGGAAGCUGUGUGAAGGGUCAGAUAAACACCAAGAAGCAAUUGAGAGGUGCUAAGAAACGAUGGAGCAGCAAGGGCAGAGGAUUAACUACAUGCUAUCCUCCCUGCCCCUAUUCCGGUUGUUGCCGGAAUUUUUGCCCAUGCAGACCUUUGAUUCGAUCUUGCCACACUAGGGUAAUUGUCCAAGAAUGCUGGGGGGUUCUUGAAGUAGAGGACUAGCCUACGAAUCAAGAGACACAGGUGAGGAAUAUCCAGCCUUUGACUCAUACUCAUCCUUCGAUGCCAAGAUUGGAGAUCCCAAUGUUUGAGGAGAUGAAACCAAGGUGGUGGACAAGGAGACUGAUAGAACUCUUUCUCAAUUGAUUUAAUUUUAACUCAAAAACAGUAGGAAUUGCUCAAUUAUAGUAGCUUCAACAAUGGAUGUAGCGAAAACAAUGAAAGAAAACAAAAUAGGCUUAUUCGAGAGGGCCUCUCUCUCCCACGACUUCUCCAACAGAAUUUUUCCACCCUUCUCUCCCUUUCUUUCCUCCCUUAUAUACCUACUCCUCCCACUUAUUCCAGCCACAUGCUAGAUUAUUCUCUUCUAACUAACUUGUGCCUUUUUUAGCCUUGGGUCAUUUUACUUGGUUGCCCCCUGUGGUCCCCCACCCCUUUCCCCUCCUUUCUCUUCUGAUAAGUUUGUUUAAUGGGAGUCCUAACAGAGACGUGAAAGAAUUUUUCAGUUCUAUAGGAUCCCAGAAGAGUAGAAAAUCAAUAUGGCUGCUGCUUACUUGAACAAUCUAGUCGAUUCUUGGUAUCAAGGCUGGAUCCAAGAUGAAGGAAAUCAGGGAAGUUGGGCAGAAUUUGCGUAAGGGUUAUAUGUAAGGGAUUUGGUGAAAGAAGCAUGGCUGAUGUGAUUGAGGAAUUUAGUAAAUUGAAGCAACGGUGGUGGAGUACCGAGUGAAGUUUGAAGAAUUGAGAUCUAUUGUGUAUACUGUGUAACUGGGAUUGAUAGAACAAUAUUUGGUGUCUAGUUUCAUUAGCAAGUUGAGGGAGGAACUUAGAUAAAUGGUGAAGAUGAUGAUGUUGAUAUCCGUGAGGCAAGCGACUGAGAAGGCAAGAUUGCAGGAGCUCACGUUGGAAGCAAUCUACAAUAAAUACACAAUGGCAAUAGAAAUUCAGCCUUCAUUCUAUCAACCUUUGGAAGGGGAUCAAGUGAACAUGCAUUCUAAGGAUUUCCCUAACCCUAUUGUAGCUAAAUCAAGUACUAUGGAGCAGUGAGGGAAGUUAGGAUCAUGUUAUAAGUGUGGCGCCAAAUUCAGCCCUGGCCACCGAUGUCAAAAACAGUUACUCAACAUGGGAGGUACAAAGGAAGAAAAUGAAGGAGCACUGAUUGGAAUUGGAUGAAGAACAGGGUCAAUAGUUGCAAGUUCUUGGAGAUAAGAACUCUCUUAAGGAGAGGGGGAAUUGUCACGAUUUUAGGGAUAGGAAGGGAAUAUCAAUAAAUUACAGUUAUAAUAAUUAUAUUUAUUAGUUCGUUAUAUUUGUAACAGUUAGUUAGAUGGUAAUUAUUGUAAUAGUCAGUUUUAUGUUGUUGUAAUACUCGGUUAUUAUAACAGUUAGACAGUUAAUGAGAGGCUAUAUAUGUAACCUAAAGUGAUAGGAGAAGGGCAUGGAAUAACAGAAAUAAUAUUUUGCCUCUCUCCCUCUCUUGUCUCUCUCUCUUCCUAUUAUAUUCUAUGUCCAGAAUUCCAUAAUUGUCCAAGCCCAACUCUAGGGACUUGACAUGAACAGAUGAUAAAAUCAUUGGUAAGUAAUCUUUUUAGCUAUGUUUGUAUUGCUAAAGUGUAGUGUAACUGUGAACUAGGGUUGUUGCAUCGAUGCCCAGAUGUAGUGUUAAAUCUGCAAGGGUUGUUGCAGUAUAAUGGAUGAAUGUGGCUAAAGAAGUUAGUUCAAGAACAUAGAUUAUGGAUUAGAUCAUGAAAUGUCGGAGCUUUGACAGCAAAAUGGAUGGAAGUGGUGGGAACAAGAUUUGAUAAUUUUGUGCUUCCAAGAGAUGAGAUGGGUUGGAGAGAAGGCUAAAAUAUUAAUAUUGUCUGGAUAAAAACUUUGGUACUCUAGGAAGGACUGUGUAAGGCAUGAAGUUGGUGUUAUUAUGGGUUUAGAUGAUGGGUAAUUAAUGUGAAGAUAAUAGGAGACAUGAUUAUUAUAGCUAAAAUUGUUCUAGGAGAAAAGGUUAUAAACAUUGUUAGUACACAUGCACCAUAAGUUGGGUUAGAAGAAAAGAUAAAGAAAUUUUUUUUGAAGGAUUUAGAGGGGUUGGUACAAAGAAUACCUAGAGGAGAGAAGUUCAUUAUCAAAGGUGACUUAAAUGGUCAUGUAGAUAGAGAAGUGAAUGAGUACAAACAUUUACAUAGAGGUUAUGGAUUUGGACAAAGAAAUUCAUUGCCUAUUUUGGAUUUUGUCAUGAUAUAUGAGCUCAUCAUAGAAUAUGUUCAAGAAGUCAUGAAGCAGGAUGAAUUCUUGGUCACAUAUAACAAUGACUUAUCAACUCCUGAAUAGGCUACCUUUUUGUUAAACGAUAACACUGCUUAUGUUGUAAGGAUCAGAAAGUUAUAUUGAGAGAAUACUUAACUACUCAAUACAGGCUUAUGGCAUUUGACAUCCAUAUCAAAAAAUAGAGGAUGAAUGAUAUAUAACAAAGCUCAAGAAUGAAAUGAUGGGAUUUGAAAGGUGGAAACAAACCAUUUUCAAGGAAAACAUGUGGUAAAAGAGAUUGGACUAUAGAAGGAAAUGUUAACCAGAUGUGGAUUGAGGUGGCUACUACUAUUUGAAAUACAACAAAAGCAAUUCUGGAAGAGUCCAAGGCAAAAGCUGUAAACCAAAAACCAAGAGAGCUUGCUACAAGACUUCACAUACUUGCCGUAAUGAAGAAAGUCAAAAGGUAUAUUUUGUCGAAAAAGGAUGCAAAAAAGAUAGUGGGUAAAGCAAAAUCAAAAGUUUUUGAAAAUUUGUCCCAAUGACUUGACACGAAAGAUGAGAAUUAUAUACAUAUAUGAGGUAUAGCUAAAGUAAGAGAGAAAAAUAAGGAAAGUGGAGAAAAUAAGGAAUCUGAGCCAAGUGAAAUGCAUAAAAAAUGAAAAUCAAAGAAUACUAGUAAAUGAGAAGUGAUCAAGGAGAAGUGAAAGGAGUCUUUCUUGAAAGCUAUUCAAUGAAGGUGGAGAAACAAUUGUUAUGUUGGGGGAUCUUAAUAGCUGUAAAAAGAUAGAAAUUGCAUCUUCCCUAAACAUAGUAAAGCAGUUGGACCGAAUAAUAUUGCCACAAAAGGAUAGAAACAAAUCAAAAAUGACGAUUGACUAAUGAAAUUAUUUACUAUGAUCUUUAAAUUGAAAAGAAUGUUAGAUGAAUGGAAACCAAAUGCUUCAACGUCUAUUUAUAAGAAUAAAGGAAAUGUUCAAAAUUGUGAAAAUUAUUUGGGGAUCAAGCUAGUUAGCCACACCAUAGAACUUUGAGAAAGGACAAUUGACAAAAUGUUAAGAAGAGAAACCAAGGGUUUUGGAAACCAAUUUGGUUUUAUUGUUGAUAGGACAAGGCGGCAAGCUAUCUACUUAUGAAGGUGUCUAAUGGCAAGAGAAACAAAAAAGAUUUGCAUAUGUUUCUAAAAAGAGUCUUGUGGCAGAUGUUAAGAAAAAGGAGUUUGGAUUGCUUAUAUAUGGGUUAUUGAGGUUAUGUAUUAUCAAGCAAAGACAUGUUAGACUUUGUGGAGGAGAUAGCGAGGCUUUUCUAAUUACAGUUCAAUUGCGCCAACAAUCUACAUUGAUCGCUUAUCUCUUUGCCUUUGGGAUGAAUGCACUCCCAGACUUCCAGCAAGAAGUGCUUUGAUGGAUGUUAUAAAGGAUGUACUCAUAGAAGUUCUUUGUUGUACGGCCCGACAUGUUGGGAAAUUAAGUAUUUAAUGAGAUGAAAAUGUUAUAAUAGAUGUAUGGUUAUACAAGAAAAAAUAAAAGUAAUAAUUGAGAUCAUAUUUAAUAAGGUUUGAGUGAAACUCGUUGAAGAUGAGAUGAAGAAGAUGCAAUUAAGAUGGCUUGGGUUUGUAAGAAGAAAAUUGAUAGAUUUACUUGUAAGGUGAAUGGAGGAAAUUUGCAGUAAAAGGGGGAGAGAAAAACCAAAGGAAAUUUAAUGGGUAAUCCUUAAACAUGACAGAGAAUAUGAUGGCUUACAGUGGAUGCCACAAAUAGAGAGGGCUUGAGGUAUAAAAUUCAUGUAGGUGAUCCAACCUAGUGGGAUUAAAGGCUUAUUGGUGUCGUUGCCUUCAAAUGCAUGCCUAAAUGCUUUGUCUUCUUAUUUCUUCUCAUUAAUGGACUAUUUGUAGUAUUAGUAAUUUACUAUUACUGUAUGCAUAUAAAUUAGUUUUCUCCAUCUCUAACCCACUUUAUUCCGA